CGCUUUGUUCACAGGUGCUUGCUUCUUUAUCUUCUAUUCUCCGAGAUCUGAUUUCUGCCUCCCUCCAUCUCUUGCAUCCUCGCGACGUACGCCCUACCAUCAAUUGAACCCUCGUCAUCAUCCCAGGCAAGAGAGAGAGCCUCAGCAACCACGGCAAGCCAUUAUGCAGAACUCCUCCCGGACUGAGCCUCCUGAGCCAAUCCUCUUCCCUGCUCUCAAGGCAGGUGCAGUGGCCGGACUUGCUGGUACACUUGCCGGAGGGGUUAUUGGCAUUCUUCGGUCGACCCCACAUGCUAAGACGUUCGCCGUACUUACGGGCGCAAACACUUUUGUACUUGGUUGGACCUAUUGGGCUGUCAGAUCGACAAUGUGUCGUGCCAUUUACGAUGCUUCCCCGCCUGGUACAGCAAUGGUACCCAGGGACAGAGUCCUUAUUAGCGGGGCUUCGGGGGCUAUUGCUGGCGGUUUUCUUGGGAUAAUAUUGCGUAAAAUGCCAAACGUUGUUCCGGGCGCCAUUGUCUGGGGUCUGGUAGGGUUGGGAGGUCAAUAUGCCUAUAACGUUGCCGAUGCGAGACAUACACAAGAGGUAAUUGAAAAAAUGGAAAACCAGGAGCCAAAGGAGAGUAUAUUGGAUCGUGCUAUCCGUUCAAGGUGGAGUCCCGUCAAGCGGUUGACGAGCAAGGAGUACGCGGAUAUGCUGAAAGAGAAGCUUUUGGCUGUCGAGGCAGAUAUUGCAAUUGCAAAUGAGGAAAUAGAGAAAUUGGAGAGACAGAAGAGGGAACCAAUGGAAGAGAAAUAAGUUGCUCGAGCAUUCAUUACUUGUACGAUAUUAUGCUAGAUACCGGUAUU